AUGCACAAAAAAUACAACCCAUUUGGUGAACGCGGUCCUCGCUGGAAGGACACCGAUAUCUCGAUGUUGACGAAACGGAAUCUUCCGGGGCAACGUGCAUCGUCACUCACUGGCUCGACGACGAAUGAGGGCGCAGACGAGCAGACCGAGCGCAUUGAGGUUGCGGCGCCUGAGAUAGCCACGACCGAUACAGACCUGAAGCGCAAAGCCCCCGAUGACUUUGACGAUGAACACGUCGCUUUGAAGCGUCAAAUGACCGAGUCCGCGGCCGAGACUGUCAAUGGCAGUGUCGCUGCGACGAAAAAUUCUCGCCCUUGCGCCUCGCUCAAACGCAAGGGUGGCCACGGCAUCGACGAUGAGAUCCCUUCCAUCAAGUGCGCCAAGAACGCCGACAAUUGUGGCAACACCGACACCGCCAUGACCGUGUUUGACAUGACAAUCUCUACAUUACUACGGCUGCCCGCCGAGAUCCGGCUCCGGAUCUACGCACAUCUCUUCAAGGUCAACAAGCCCGCCUACCCACAGGUGGACAUCGCCUCUGCCAACAAGCGGGCUAGGUCCGGCUUUCCCAAGGGUCUCGUCCCGUCCAUGACCCUCGUCAACAAAAAGAUCUCCGAACGCGAGCCUCAUCACGAAGCUCAUCCUCGUCAGCGGCGGCGGCCGGCCCUAGCCGCCCUCUGGAAGCGCGCCUACGGGAAUCUCCGCCGCAUUACGGCGCAGGACAAGUGGCUGUGCAUGGACAGCGCCUUCAUCCCCGGGGAGCUGCUCGCCUUCGGCGCCAAGCGAGGGCUGGAGCAGUCCUACGAGGGGUUCUACCUGCAGAGCAAGGUGUUGGUCACGGCUAGGCGUGGUAUCCGGGUCUGGAAUGGGCCCCCCGUAUAUAGAGACGAUGGUACCUGGCGCGUCAUGGGUAACGUCUGGCUGGAGGCGAGGAAUCGCAAGGCCUGGGUCGACGCCGAGUUUUCCAAGCGCGAGCCGCAGGAGAAGGAGAACGGCGCUCAGCGAAUGGUCAGCAGGACAGCAGCGCCUCAGCUUGACAACGGGAUGUGUGGACGCUCGUGAUCCCUCCUUUGUUACUG